AAACCUUUUUUAAAUGAUUCAACUACCCCAGCAUGAUCCUCUUCAUAACUCAUGGUAAUCCAGAGUCCAAAUGCCCCCUAAAGGACUAGAGGAGGGCCAGACAAUAGCUACAACUUACCUUUUGCAAUGAGACAAACAACUUCAGUAUCCUUUCUAUAUAUUAUUCAAGGUUUCCCUUUUUUUUUAUUUGCCUCAUGCUCAUCUGAAAGUUUGAUUAAUCUUGUUAUCUUGAACUGAAAUCCAGGAAUGCUGUAUGUACACGCUUCCGAAUUUCAUUGUCUCCACCCCGCGUGAGCUACCGCCCCUCCUACUUAUCAAGGGCCCAUUAAAAUGUAAGAGGUCUGCGAGCAAGAAAUAUAAGGGUUAAAACCUAUAAUUCAUGCAGAAAAAGUUCGCUAUACCAUCUCGUAACAGACAUAUCAUACUAUACUGAUAUCGAACCAACACUUAGUCUGAGGAGCAUCUCGGUAUAUAAAAUCAACCUUUAUAUUGGGCAUACCGAUAUUGUAUCGUCAUGGUAUUGUUAUGGAGUUUAGUACCAAAAUUGGAGACUUUGAUGUAGACAAGAAAUCAAAACCAUCCUUUCAUUCAAAGUCUAAACAGUGGUGGAGCUCCUCACCAAUCUAUGCCAAGAAAUAUUAAAUUCCUGCACGAAAGACACGUCUGUUACCAUUGUACACCUAAAACCCUACCAGCUACACAUUUACAAUCAAACUAUAGCAGCAUCAGUCUAUUAAGGCAUCAAAAUGGGGAAAGUUGCUCAUUAAUAUAUUCCCCCAAGUCACUGGAAGAUCCUUUCUUGCCCUGUUUCUAUGUAGUGACAGAGCAGGGAUAAAUAUCGGUGCCUUCAAUGUACAUCUGCAUCUCAUUAUCUCUUGGCAAAAACUCAUAGAAAGUGGCAAAAAAAAAAGAAGAAGAGGAGACCAGUUUAAAACAUCUUUUAAACUGGUGAACUCUCAGAGCACAGAGCUAAUGGAAGAGACCUCAAAACUAAUCCCAGAGCCAACAACAGCAGUAGCUGAUUUGGAAGUAGAUGAAGAAGAUGAACAAGAUCCAGAAAGCAACUCUCUGCAUCAGCGACUGCUCGGGAGAACCCCAACACUCACCACCAAUCAUCUAGCCAUGGUUGGAGCAAAGGUCUCCCAUAUAGAGAGCUUGGACUAUGAGAUCAAUGAGAAUGAUCUAUUUAAGCAUGACUGGAGGAGCAGAUCCAGUGUUCAGGUACUGCAGUACGUCUUCUUGAAAUGGACUUUGGUGUUUCUCGUCGGGCUCCUGACUGGUGUCAUUGCUUCCCUCAUCAACCUGGCUAUCGAAAACAUUGCUGGCUUCAAGAUGCUACUUGUGGGGCGUCUUGUGAAUGAAAAAAGGUAUUUAACUGGGUUUGCCUACUUCACAGGGGCAAAUUUUGCUCUAACCAUAGUUUCUGCGACUCUUUGUGUGGUGUUUGCUCCGACUGCAGCAGGGCCAGGAAUACCGGAGAUCAAAGCUUAUCUCAAUGGAGUUGAUACUCCCAAUAUGUUUGGUGCAUCCACGUUGAUCGUCAAGAUCAUUGGAAGCAUUGGAGCUGUAUCUGCAGGGCUAGAUCUUGGAAAAGAAGGGCCACUGGUGCACAUCGGAGCCUGCCUCGCAUCGUUGCUAGGCCAAGGUGGAUCAGACAACUACUUCCUCAAGUGGAGAUGGCUUCAAUACUUCCAGAAUGACAGGGACCGCAGGGACCUCAUCACAUGUGGUGCAUCUUCCGGUGUCUGCGCUGCCUUCAGAGCACCCAUCGGGGGUGUUCUCUUCGCUCUUGAAGAGAUUGCAUCCUGGUGGAGGAGUGCUCUUUUAUGGAGAACAUUUUUCAGCACCGCCAUCGUUGUUGUGGUGCUGAGGGGAUUCAUGGAGUAUUGCAACUCUGGAAAAUGUGGCUUGUUUGGAAAAGGAGGACUAAUUCUCUUUGAUGUCAGCUCAGUUUCUGUGACUUAUCAUGCAAAUGAUUUUCUUCCUGUCGCACUUAUCGGCAUAAUCGGAGGAGUCCUCGGAAGUCUGUACAACCAUUUUUUGCACAAGAUUCUUAGGUUCUAUAGCCUAAUUAAUGAAAAAGGCCGAAUGGCCAAGCUGCUGCUCAGCCUAGGAGUUUCUCUCUUCACUUCCAUCUGCCUAUACCUUCUUCCAUUUGUCGCGCCAUGCACACCAUGCGAUCCCACCCUGGAUGUCGCCUGCCCGACCGUCGGGCAAAGCGGGAACUUCAAGCAAUUCAACUGCCCGAAUGGCUACUACAAUGACUUGGCAAGCCUCCUCCAUGCCACCAAUGAUGAUGCAGUGCGCAACAUAUUCUCCACGAGCACCCCGACCGAGUUCCGCCCCAUCUCUCUGCUCAUCUUCUUUGCUCUCUACUGUAUUCUGGGCCUCUUCACCUUUGGCAUCGCCGUCCCCUCGGGUCUCUUCCUCCCCAUCAUCCUCAUGGGCUCUGCUUACGGCCGCCUGCUUGGCCUAGUGAUGGGAUCUUAUACCUACAUUGAUCAGGGUCUCUACGCAGUGUUGGGCGCCGCAGCUCUUAUGUCCGGCUCAAUGAGAAUGACUGUGUCCCUCUGUGUCAUCUUCCUAGAGCUCACAAACAACCUUCACCUCCUACCCAUAAUGAUGUUUGUAUUGCUAAUCGCCAAGACCGUUGGUGAUGCUUUUAACCCAAGCAUAUAUGAGAUCAUACUUGAGCUCAAGGGACUGCCAUUCUUGGAAGCAAAUCCAGAACCAUGGAUGAGGAAUCUUACUGUAGGAGAGCUUGCAGCAGCUAAGCCCAGUGUUGUAAACCUUCGAGGCAUCGAGAAGGUGUCUCACGUUGUCGAGGUAUUGAAAUCCACCAAACACAAUGGCUUCCCUGUUGUUGAUCAAGGAGUGGCAUCACCCAUAGGGAUGCCUGAAGGAGCAGUGGAAUUGCAUGGUCUGGUCCUGAGGUCGCACCUCAUUGCAGUGCUGAGGAAGAAGUGGUUCCUGAAAGAGAGGAGGAGAACUGAAGAAUGGGAAGUGAGGGAAAAGUUUACAUCAGUGGAUCUAGCACGAAAGAAGGGGCCAAAAUUAGAAGAGAUGGUGCUAACGGAGGAUGAGAUGGAUAUGUACAUUGAUCUACACCCCUUCACAAAUACAACACCAUAUACAGUGGUGGAGACCAUGUCAGUUGCAAAGGCUGUGGUGCUUUUUCGACAGGUUGCUCUGAGGCAUUUGCUGAUUAUUCCCAAGUACCAAGGAGCAGGGUUCACAGACCAUAUGUGUCUGUACCAAGUACAAGACCAAAAAAGCGUAGCAGAUCACCCAAGUUCACAAAUAGCAUAUUGUUCCAAGAAGAAAGAUGCAGUUCAGCACUGAUCUUUACAAACUACAUUUGCUGUAUAUACUCAAAUAUAGAAGCAAAAGUGAGCAACAACUAGUGUGGAAAUUUUUUUCCACUGAAUUAGCUGUUUGGUUUUGAUUCUGUAGAUAUCGCCUGUUGUAGGCAUUCUAACCAGGCAGGAUCUCAGAGCCCACAACAUCUUGGGUGCCUUCCCUCAUUUGGCCGAAAAAGGAGAAAAGUGAAAGUACCAAUUCCUAGUCAAAAUAUUCAGUUUGCAGGGAAUUAUGAUCAUUCGUUAUACUUUGAGAAAUUUUUGUUACUACUACUGCCAUUCUUUGUUUCUCAUGAGAAUGGUCAAAUAUAAUCCACAGCCUGUAAAACCUCAGCUUCAUAUUAUGUUAUCAAGAAGAUACCAAACAACAGUUUGCAUAUAGAGUGCAAGACUUGUAGUUCUGCUUUUCUUACUAAAGUAUCUCCAUUUUCCUGUUCU